UCUCUCUCUGGCUCUCUCACACACCAAAAAUAUAUGAGCUGGGAAAGUCUGAUGAGAGUCACUCAAGAGCAGGAGCCAGAGGGAGCAGCUGAAGAGAAGAAAGCCAGAAACACACAGAACUUCAGAAGUCAAUAGCAAAUUAAUGCCUUUUGAAAAGAUGGAAACUCCGUCUCAGAAACGUGCCAGCACCCGUAGCUCCGGUACACCACUUUCACCUACUAGGAUCACUCGUCUCCAGGAAAAGGAAGAGCUGCGUGACUUGAAUGACCGUCUGGCUGUGUACAUUGACAAGGUGCGCUCUUUGGAGGUAGAAAAUGCUGGCCUACGGCUGCGCAUUACUGAAUCUGAGGAGGUGGUCAACCGUGAGGUGUCAGGCAUGAAGACGGCAUAUGAGACUGAGUUGGCAGAUGCUCGGAAAAACACUUGAUUCAGUGGCCAAGGAGAGAGCACGACUGCAGCUGGAACUGAGUAAAGUCAGAGAGGAGUACAAGGAGCUCAAAGCAAGAAACACCAAAAAAGAAGCAGAUCUUGCUGGGGCCCAGGCACGGCUCAAGGACCUGGAGGCACUGCUGAACUCAAAGGAUGCCACCCUGACCACCACUUUGAGUGAAAAGCGCAAUCUGGAAAAUGAAUUACGUGAACUCAAAGCUCAGCUGGCUAAGCUUGAGGGUGCCCUGAGUGAUGCCAAAAAGCAGCUGCAAGAUGAGAUGCUACGAAGAGUUGAUGCUGAGAACCGAAUUCAGACCCUUAAAGAAGAACUGGAGUUUCAGAAGAACAUCUAUGGAGAAGAGUUACGUGAAAAUAGACGCCGUCAAGAAACCCGUUUGGUGGAAAUUGACAAUGGAAGACAACGUGAAUUUGAAAGCAAGCUGGCAGAUGCCCUGAUUGAGCUGCGUACGCAGCAUGAGGACCAGAUCAAACUAUAUAAGGAUGAGUUAGAAAAAACCUACAAUGCCAAGUUGGAAAAUGCUCGCCAGUCUGCAGAUAGAAACAGCCAUCUUGUCGGAGCAGCCCAUGAAGAGCUACAACAGUCACGCAUGCGAAUGGAGACCCUUUCUGCAGAGCUCAGCCAACUUCAAAAACAGUUGUCAGCUCGUGAUGCUAAGAUCCGGGACCUAGAGGAGUCCAUUUCUCGGGAGCGGGACUCUACACGACGUUUGCUGGCAGAGAAAGAGCGUGAAAUGGCUGAAAUGCGGCAGCGCAUGCAGCAGCAGCUGGAUGAAUAUCAGGAACUGCUGGACAUCAAGCUGGCCCUUGAUAUGGAGAUUAAUGCAUACCGCAAGCUGCUUGAGGGUGAGGAGGAGAGGCUGCGCCUUUCUCCUAGUCCUCCACCUCGUGGUACAGCAUCUCGCAGCUCUCAUACAGUGCAGUCUUCAAGCAUCCAGAGCUCUUCAGCCACCAAGAAGAGAAAAAUCAAUGAUACUGACAGUGAGGCUUCUAGCACUGCCGGAGGUAUGGCAGUGGGUACCCGGAUCAAGCAGCAGGCCACUGCUAGUGGCAGAGUCACAGUGGAGGAGGUGGAUAUGGAAGGAAAGUAUGUCCGUCUGCGCAACAAGGCUGAUGAGGACCAGCCACUCGGGAACUGGCAGAUAAAGCGUCAGGUUGGAAACAAGACCCCCAUUGUUUAUAGGUUUCCACCCAAGUUUACUCUGAAGGCUGGCCAGGCUGUUACGAUUUGGGCAACUGGAGCUGGAGCCACUAAUAACCCACCUACUGACCUGGUCUGGAAGGCUCAGAACUCAUGGGGCAUUGGAGACAACUUCCAGACCACCCUGUUGACGUCUACUGGAGAGGAAAUGGCAAUGCGGAAAGUGACACGUGUGCUAUUUGAGGAGGAUGAUGAUGAAGACAUGGUGCGCAGAGAUGUCCAUCAUCACCAUCAUCAUCAUCAUGAGGCUGCCCACAGUACAAGCUCCAAUGCGGAUGGUGAGUACAACUUACGCAGUCGCACGGUGUUCUGCGGCUCAUGUGGCCAACCCGCGGACAAAGGCAGCACCGCUGGCUCUUCUGUGGUGUCAGGGGGCACCACCAGCUCCGUCUCACUCACCCGCACUUUCCGAAGCUCCGGCGGGGUGGGGGGCAGCAUUACUGAGGGUUUGGUCCCCCGCACCUUCAUUGUGGGCAACAACCAACCCCGUGGACAGGCUGGUCGAAAACAAGAAUGUUCCAUCAUGUAAGAUCUAAAGCUGUCUAGAGCCAGCUGAGGGUAGAUGUCCACUUCUACGAAGAUACAAAAUAAAAUAUUAAAAAAGUUAUUUUGUACGGCAGGAUUUUUUUUAUAUAUAUUCGAAUUCAAUUUUUAAGAAAAAUGUAGUCUGCUUUCUUUUUUAUAAAAGCAUGCUAGCUAGAAAUGCUAAGCAAUAAUUGUUUAAUAAUCACUGAAGUAUGUAGAAUGAUUGUUAUUGUUGCUGUAAUUUUACAGUCAAAUGCUUGAAAUCACUGGUCAGCGGCAGAGAGGCAUGUGAGUAUCUGGCCAGUUAAACAUUCAUUACAGGCUGAGCGUCAGGAUGUUUAAACCCUUCACACACAAGGUCUUUAGCACAGUAUGGGCACUGUUUUAUAUUUGGAUGCAAGUAAAGUCGGGUGAUAUAAUAUUUUUUGGAAUAUCAUUAAAAUAUACGAUAUAUUUAAAAAUAGUAUAGAGUCAGUGCAUUCUGCUCAAUAAGAAACAAACCACCUGCUUUUAAACAUUUGGAAUACAACUUUCAGAACUGCACUGGAUUGACAAUUUAUAAUAUUUUAGCUCUUGUAAAAGUUUUCUUAUAAAUAACUAAUUAGUUCAAAGUUAAGUUCUUUCUGAAAGUUUCCUUAGUCUUAUUUGACAUGGUUUGAAAAUGAAGUUGGUAAACUUGUGGAAUAGGAAGGUUGACCCAGAAUUGUGAGGAGGUACUGAAAUGAGGCCUGCCUGGGGUGCAUAGAAGCUGAAUGGUUGCUGUCUAAGAGGCUUUGUCUCUUAUGGGUGCUGUCUGUGGGGCUCUGUCUCUUUCCUAAAGUUGACAGCUGUACCCCAUUUUGAAAGUCUGAGUAGAUGUAGUGUAAUUUUGUUAAGCAUAGCGUAAAAUUGCUUUUUAUAAAGAAAUACUGCUGACUUGAUUUGAAUAUCUAUAGAUAAAGUUAUAUCCAUUGCUUGAUGUGAUGCAAUGUUUCACUCUUUUUGAUUUAAUGUAAUUCAUAACAACUGUUGCAUUUGAACCAAUCUGGCUCAGUGACACUGUGUUACAUAAAAAGGGGCUAAAAAGCCUACUACAAUACGCUACAUUGUCUUAUAUUGUCUCUUAUUACAAGUGUACUUGUACUGUAACCUCCCAGUAAUUACACCUCGACAUACAGUGUAACUUGGCAUGAUUACUGUGUAAUUUAUAGUGCCUUGCACCUAGUGCAACCACCCUGUAAUAGAAUGUGAAGGGAGAGAAAAUAAAUCGGUGCCAAGCUGCUUAAUGUAAAAUAUUAUGGAAAAUUAAGUUUUAAGUUACACUUUACCAAAAAGUAAGAUGCUAUGAUUUAAGCAUAUUCUGUUCCUCCAUGUCAGGGAGAAUGACUUUUUUACUAACACCAAGAGAGAUGACAAUCAAAUAUUCAAAAUUUCUAGGAGAUCAAGCAGUCUGAAAAAGGUUAUUUUGAAAGGAGAGCAAAUGAACAUUAAAUAUUCCCACCAUUUAUGUGAAGAAUAUUUUUGAUAUAUUUGUAAAUUCAUAUCCAAUGUAGUUGUGGGGGGGGGGGGGGUUAAAUGAAGAUGCAGGACAAAACCAAAAUCAAAUGGUUUGGGUGCCAACCAAGCAAAAACCCUAUCUAAUUGGAACAAAGAAAAGAAUAUAUUUGUAGUCUCUGGAACAUCUAAUUCUGUCUUAGAUCAGCAUAGAAGCAACAUCUUCAUCAGAGUGAGACACCACCAUCUGAGAGUAUUCGCCUUUUAUAUCAGGCAGACCAGAAGGGACGAGGUUUCCUUUGUUUCAGUUCCAUCAAAGGGCGGUUUCUCAAGGCUGUGAGAGAAAAAGGAGAUGAGACUGUUAAGGACAGUGUCCCCUUUCACCCCAGGGUGGUACUACUUAUUUUAGGUCGAACCUGAAAGGCGACCCUCUGGUGCGCAUGCAUGACAUGAGACAGUUGCACAUUUGCAUUUUUAUAUGAUAGCUUUUUAGACUCUAGAUUUUCCAUUAGAGUUGUCAACUGUACCUCUAAAGAUAACAACUUAUUAGUGAAUCCUUGCAUCUUGUGAUACGAUCAAAUUUAGAAUGACAAUGUCAAUUAUCUGUUUGAAUAGCAGCUUAUAAGCAUACAAGACAUUUAUGAUGUAGAAAAGACAUUAUGCACUAUCUGUAUGUGUGGGUUCUGUUUAUUUCAAAAAGCUAAAGAGACCCACAGUAUUGUGUAGAAUCUUUAAGCUAAAAAUUUAAUGCAAACAAAGCCACUUAUCUUAUGCCCUUAUAGAGCUAGAAUAACAAACAGCAAUGUUGUCAAUAAUCUGCACAUAUGUAAGAAUAUAACAGAUCACAAACUAAAUACAGUUAUCAUUUAGUGAUACUGGUUGACUUACCAAAUCUUAACCAGUAUAUUAAUUCCAUCUGUGAUAGACUGGAUGUCAUCUGAUUUCUUUCCAAGUGUCCAUUGCCCCCCUCAACCCCGAUCUAGAGUUACGUACUUUUUGAGAAUGCUAUGUUAUAUUAUGUCGUAUGUUUACAUCCUCAUUAACAAAGAAGCUUUUUAUAUGCUCACUUUUAAAGAAGUUGUAAACACCCUGCCAAAUACAAAUACAGACAAUAAUUGGCAUAAAGAUGUACAAUCUGUCCUUUUAGCUAACAGAACUUUUAUCAAUUUUGAUUCUUUCUAUGUAAUAUAGUGUCAUUUGUAACAGAGGCUUGGUUUGUAAGAGUUACUUUUUUUGCAAAAUGUACAUUUCAACUUCAAGCAUCUUUUUGCAGGAUGCAUACUUACAGUCACUACAGUCAUACUGGAAGUGUUCAGCUUAUGGCGUAUAUUUUAGGAAACUGACGACUGGCCUCUAAUCAGUGAAAGGCCAAGAUAUUGGUUGCAUUAAUCUGCAAAUUAAUGAAAGAUGAUUAGUGACACAGGAUUUGCCUCCACUUUCGUGUGAUCUUGAAAUGUAAUAAAUGAGUUCAACAACAACAACAACAACAUUUAUUUAUAUAGCACAUUUUCAUACAAAAAGUAGCUCAAAGUGCUUUACAUAAUGGAGAGAAGAAAAAUAAAAGACAAAAUAAGAAAUUAAAAAAAGACAACAUUAAUUAACAUAGAAAGGAGUAAGGUCCGAUGGCCAGGGUGGACAGAAAAAACAAAAAAAAACUCCAGAAGGCUGGAGAAAAAAAUAAAAUCUGUAGGGGUUCCAGGCCACGAGACUGCCCAGUCCCCCCUGGGCAUUCUACCUAACAUAAAUGAAAUAGUCCUCUUUGUAGUUCGGGUUUUUCAUGGAGUCACUUGAUGCUGAUGGUCAUACAGACUUCUGGCUUUUAAUCCAUCCAUCAUUGUUGGAACAUCAUGGUGCUUUGGGUAGAUGGUGGUGGCGCACGCCACCACCAACAGGACACCGGAAAAUGAAGCAUACUUUCUGUAUGAAACACUUUAUUACUAUCAUUUGUAUACAUUACUGCCAUCUGCUGGGUACAGUCCUUUACCAUGCCUGUACACAGGACCGUAGGUAAAAUUUUGCCAGGCACAUAUUUGCUUCUCUUCAGUAUGGUCCUUCAGCAGAUUACUAUCUAUUUAGAACUUGUAGAAGGAGGUCUUGAAAAUUCCAAACAUUGGCAAAUGCCAUUGUUGCUUCUCAAAAAACAGGCUCUUAGGUUUUGUCCAGCACUUCCACACCCAGACACAUACUGUGCUAAAGACUACAACAAUGGACUGUUUCACUGAUUUUUGAGAAGUGGGUUGCUUUAAUUUGCUCAUCUCCUCAUGUGUCUUAACCUGAUUGGCUCAGUUGUGGUUGCACUGAUGACACAAAUCUUAACUUAGAUUAAAACACAUUGUAUAUUUACACAUCUGUUGCCUCUCUUCCGUUGCCGGUGAACACUAUGCCUUAAUAGUCUGCAUGCUAAGAACUUAUCAAGCUAGCUUUUAUUUGAAGACACUAUUAUCUAAGGUGAUGGAAAUAUGGUAACACCUUCUGUUCUGUUGUUUGUCAUGUUACUGCACUAUGAUGCUCAAACUG